UUCCUCCCUUCUCCAUGGUAAUCCAUCAGCAUUCCUCCUGCCAACACCUCUCUAGCUAGCACAGCAAAGCUCGAAGUAGAUCAACUGCAGCCAAUCAACCACAGUUUAAACUAGAAAAAGGGAUAAUAUUUCCACUGCAGAAAUGCUGCAUUCAGACACAACUUGGAUUGUGCAGAAAAACAUCAAACUGAAAGACUAAUUCAUGACUCAGAGAAGAGUUGGCAGAGGACAACUGCACAGUAACGAAGGUUCAUCCUGCACUACUGAAAAAAGCCCCAAGGAGCUUGUGACAUCUAUACCUCACCUUUGAGAGAUGGCCAAGGGGAAACCAAAAGGGAAGAAGAUCACCUUGAAAAUUGCCAAAAAUUCCAUCCGGAUAGCUCCUGAUGGAGCACGUCGUCUUGACUUAAGCAAGAUGGGUAUCACUACCUUUCCCAAUUGCAUUCUAAAACUGGCUGAUGUGGAUGAACUUGAUUUGAGCAGAAAUAUGUUAAAAAAGAUUCCAAACAGCAUCCAGAAGUUUGAGAAACUGCGCUGGCUGGACCUGCAUACUAAUCAACUUGAGGACUUGCCCAAGGCAAUAGGUACACUUCAGAACCUCUUCUACCUGAAUAUAUCCAACAACAAGCUGACCACCAAAAAUUUGCCAGAGGAGCUGAACCUUCUCAAGAACCUUCGUAUUCUCAACCUUGGCUUGAACUGUCUUGACAGUAUUCCUACCAGCCUUGGGGCCUUGAAGGAACUUCAGGAGAUAGGUCUCUUUGACAAUUCCUUGACCACCAUCCCAAACAGUGUGAAAAAUCUUCCCAAGCUCAAGAAACUGAGUGCAGACAGAAAUCCUUUUCCAGAUUCAAUAGAGCAAGAAGAGUAUGCAGACUCCAUUAAACGCAUAGAAACCCUUUACUUAGUACAAGAGAAAGACCUGUGCUCUUCCUGCCUGAAGGUGUGUCAGGGUGAGAAGGACAAGCUGAGUAAAUUAAACAGUGAGACACCUAGCUCUUCAAAGAAGCUAAGUUUCCCUUUACUCCUUACACCCAAUUCCACUGCAAAGGAUAACCAAGAAGAAUGGAGAUUAAAAGACAUACAGGCUUGAAACAUACCAAGGUACUCCACAGACCAUGUUCCAUGAAGUCCAGCCCAAGCUAAUAAAAAGCUGACCUUCCUCC